GCAGUCACACGGUUUUAUUUAACACGUCGCCUCCGACCCACCCAGCUCGCGCCGCACUCCGCGUCUGGGCCGCGACGAGACAACACCGCCCCGACAACUCCCACCGAACCUUUGGAUUUACUUUUACCCUUUUAAAACCCGACAAGCGGAGAGGCUUUUUUCCCCCUCUGGAAGUUGUUUGACCGCAAAACAACAUGGAGAGAAUUACUACUGCGCAGCCGCCGCCGUGUGCGCCGCUGGACGACAUGCAGGGACUGGACUUUUCCAUGUAUGUGUACAAGCAGAGGCGAGGCAUGAAGCGCGGAGAUGAAAACAAGGAGACUUACAAGCUGCCGCACCGACUCAUAGAGAAGAAAAGACGCGACAGGAUCAAUGAAUGUAUCGCACAGCUGAAGGAUCUGCUGCCGGAACACCUCAAACUCACGACGCUGGGUCAUUUGGAGAAAGCCGUGGUGCUGGAGCUCACGCUGAAGCAUGUCAAAGCCUUGAGUGCCCUCCUGGAUCAGCAGCAGCAGAAAAUCCAGUCGCUCCAAAAAGACCUGCAAAUUUCAGCUGAUCAUGGCGACGACAACGAAAACGCUGAGGAGAUGUUCAGAUCUGGUUUCCACCUGUGUGCAAAAGAGGUCGUCCACUAUUUGGCAAGCCAGAGCAGCAGCAGUGACGUGACACCGUCUCAUGUGAUCAGCCACAUCCAGAAGGUUUCAGCCGAGGUCAUGCAGCAUCACAUGGGGGAGUCGGGCCACAGCGGGGCAGAGACUGUGAAGAAGCCAGGCGCACAGACCCCGAGAGCCGUGGAGGGUGGGGCCAGAAACUGCGUUCCGGUCAUUCAGAGGCUGUCCCCGCACAGGACGGGCGAGCAGAGCGGCAGCGACACGGACACUGACAGCGGCUAUGGCGGCGAGCACGACAAGCCCAAAGCUCAGUGGUUGGAGAGCCACAUCAAAGAGGGCCAGCUGAAGCACAGCGCGGCCAAGCGGACGGCAGAAGCGGUCAAGCAUGAAGGGGACGAGCCUCAGGCCAAGAAGUCCAGAUGCGACUCCCCAGAGGGCGACGAUGACUCCCGGCACCCGGUGGAUGCAUCCAAUGGAUACAUGGGAUUCUCCUCCAGUCAGCCUCCCUUCUGCCUGCCCUUUUACCUCAUUCCCCCAGCGGCCGCCGCGGCUGCCGCCUACCUGCCCCUGCUGGAGAAGUGCUGGUACCCCGGGGCCAUGCCAGUCAUGUACCCGGGCGUGGGCUCCGGAGAGACACUUCCCUCGUCUCUCAUGUCCCCCAGAGCUGGGUCCCCAGCCCCCCACCACUCCCUGGACUCCCCUGUUCAUCACAAUGUAUUAAAGCAAGUCCCGCCUUUGGACUUGGAAACCAAAGACUGAGCACAUCAGGCCUGAACUGUGGUCCCCCCAUCUUUGAUCAACUCCUCACACUGAAACCUGAAGUGGCUGCCGGCGCGGGCCACUGGAACACUGUGAAACGUUUGAAGAUGAAGCCAGCUUGUCCAAGAAUGUCAUCGAUGCUCCCCUCCUGCAAAAGAAAAGAUGCGUCCUGCGUCCUCCAGUCUGUGUAUGAAUGUAAGGAAGGAGCAGGACCCCCCCCCCAAACACCCCAGAGAUGCUGCUUAUUCACCCGCUGUGGACUCGUGUCUCUUUUUAGUGUUUGUGUCUUGUUUCAUGGCAGUUAUUAUGUGGAUUUCCAGAAUGUUGUCCCCACCUCUCCGACACCAAAGUAGUUCCUGACCCACUUCAUUGACUCCGGGGCGAAUAAUUCAGGGCGUUGUCCCUCGUUCAGUUGAGUGACGCAGCCGUACACCAUUUACCGUCGUGACUCUUCGUGCGCCUAUACGUGGAGUUCAUGUCCUGCUGUCUUGUUUUAUGUCCUGUGUCCCUCACCUUUGUUUUUGAUACCAUCAGUGUAAUUACCGCGACACAAGGUUAUUGUUUGCCCACUGUAGCUUCUGUCCUGCCCCGUCAAAUGGAGGCCUGGUCUUCAGCCCAUGAUGAUGCCUUUUUGCUCGUGUAGCGCAGACACAACCACUGAAUGUAAAGCUGAAUAGUUUUGUAUAGGGUUUUCUCGUCAAAUGUAAAACGUCAUCAGGUGUACAUAUUUUGUAUAUAGAGUAUGAAGCUAUUUUAAAAUAAAGCCUUUCUCUGC